AGCAUGUCCAUGGCGCUGUGCUACAUCGCAAGAAUAAAUCGGAAUAAAUCACCCGCCACCAAAAUCAACGCCCGUGUGCUGGUUGUAACGGGUAGCAACGAGUGUGCCUCACAGUACAUGACUUAUAUGAAUGUGUUCUUUACGGCACAGAAACAAGGCGUUGUAGUCGAUGUUUGUGCCCUGGACAAAGCGCUCAGUCUACUGCAGCAAGGAUGUGAUAUUACCGGGGGGCAAUAUCUUCGGUUAGAGCAGCUGGAUGGAUUCCUUCAAUAUCUACUCUGGGUUUUUCUACCGGAUCCACAGAUGCGCUGCAAACUGGUCCUUCCGCCCCCCGUUAAGGUGGACUACCGGGCGGCUUGUUUCUGCCACCGAGAACUUAUCGACAUCGGUUACGUGUGCUCCGUCUGUUUGUCAAUCUUUUGUAAAUUCAGCCCAAUCUGCACUACCUGCCACACCGUCUUCAAAGCACCUGCACCGAUUGCGGCCAAACCGAAAAAGAAAAAACUCAAAACAUGA